ACUCGGACGAGGCGGGUGGCGGCUGAGGGAGUUUGCACGGUCCCUAUCUCUACCUCUACCUCUGCCCGGGCGGGGGGCGCUUGCCAGCCAUGGAAGCAUCUCCCGCGCGCUGAGCCCGGCUGGGGCUGGGGCUGGGGCUGGGGCUGCGGCUAAGGGUGCCCGUCCCCUCCUUUCUCUGCUCCUUAGCAUGCGGGCGGGGCGCGAGCCGGGACGGGGAGGGCGGCGGCGCCUGUAGGGCGGGCUGCCCCUGCAUCCCCGCAGCACCUCCUGCGGGGACGCGGCUCGGGGUGCCCCGGGGCUCUGCCCGCCGCACGCAGGCACCCGCGCUAGGGAGCCGCGUGGAUGUGAGAUCCGGAUUUUGUGUGGCUUUUUUUUUUUUUUUCCAAUUUGGGGGAAAAUGGAGAAUGAGAUCUUCACGCCCCUCUUGGAGCAGUUCAUGUCCAGCCCGCUUGUCACCUGGGUGAAGACGUUUGGGCCUUUAGCCGGAGGACAUGGAACCCACCUGGAGGAGUAUGUGGCCCUGGUGGAUGGCGUCUUCCUCAACGAGGUCAUGCUGCAAAUCUAUCCUAAAUCUGCCACUCAGCGAAUAAAUAAAAAAGUCAACAAUGAUGCAUCUCUUAGAAUUCAAAAUUUGUCCAUUUUGGUGAGACAGAUAAAAUCUUAUUAUCAGGAGACUUUGCAGCAGUUGAUCAUGAUGUCUUUGCCAAAUGUCUUAAUAAUUGGCAAAAAUCCCUUUUCUGAACCAGGUACUGAAGAAAUAAAAAAGCUACUAUUACUUUUACUUGGUUGUGCAGUUCAGUGUCAGAAGAAAGAAGAAUUUAUUGAAAGGAUCCAAGGCUUAGAUUUUGAUACAAGAGCAGCUGUUGCAGCUCAUAUUCAAGAGGUAACUCAUAAUCAGGAAAAUGUAUUUGAUCUGCAGUGGAUGGAUGUCAACGUACUUUUACAAGAGUAUAUUGAACCUCUCGUGAAGAAUAUGGCAUUACAUUUAAAAAGACUUAUAGAUGAAAGAGAUGAACAAGCUGAGACUAUCAUAGAACUCUCAGAAGAGCGGGACUGUCUUCGUUUUCUACCUCAUGCAUCAGCAGCACAAUCACCUUGUGGCUCUCCGGGCAUGAAACGCACUGAAAGCCGACAGCACUUGUCAGUGGAGUUAGCAGAUGCCAAAGCAAAAAUAAGAAGACUUAGGCAGGAACUUGAGGAAAAGACUGAGCAGUUGCUGGACUGUAAACAAGAACUUGAACAGAUGGAAGUUGAACUAAAGAGAUUACAGCAGGAGAAUAUGAGUUUGCUUUCGGAUGCUCGCUCUGCAAGGGUAUACCGAGAUGAGUUAGAUGCUCUUCGUGAGAAGGCAAUUCGAGUUGACAAGCUUGAAAGUGAAGUCAGCAGAUAUAAAGAGAGGCUGCAUGAUAUCAAAUUUUACAAGGCUAGAGUUGAGGAGUUAAAAGAAGACAAUCAAGUGUUGCUGGAAACAAAGGCAAUGUUGGAAGAUCAACUAGAGGGGACCCGAGCCCGUUCGGAUAAAUUACAUGAAUUAGAAAAAGAGAACCUACAAUUAAAAGCUAAACUACAUGACAUGGAGAUGGAGCGCGAUAUGGACAGAAAGAAGAUUGAGGAACUCAUGGAAGAAAAUAUGACUCUAGAAAUGGCUCAGAAACAAAGCAUGGAUGAAUCAUUGCAUCUUGGCUGGGAACUUGAACAGAUGAAUAGAACUACUGAGCUCACUGAAGUGCCACAAAAGUCACUUGGACAUGAAGUGAAUGAAUUGACAUCAAGUAGAUUACUGAAGCUGGAAAUGGAAAACCAGAGUUUGCUGAAGACAGUGGAAGAGCUGCAAAAUACAGUGGGUUCUGUAGAAGGCAGUAAUUCGAAGAUUCUGAAAAUGGAAAAAGAAAACCACAGACUUAGUAAAAAGCUGGAAGGACUUGAGAAUGAAAUUAGCCAAGAGAAACAAAGUCUUCAAAAUAGUCAAAACCUGAGCAAAGAUCUGAUGAAAGAGAAAAUACAGCUUGAAAAAGCAAUUGAGACACUCCAAGAAAACUCAGAGAGACAGAUUAGACUAUUAGAACAGGAGAAUGAACACUUGAAUCAAACUGUAGCUUCUCUAAGGCAACGCUCACAAAUCAGUGCUGAAGCAAGAGUGAAGGAAAUUGAAAAAGAAAAUAAAAUUCUCCAUGAAUCUAUCAAAGAGACCAGCAGUAAGUUAAAUAAGAUUGAAUUUGAAAAAAGGCAAGCCAGAAAAGAACUAGAACAUUAUAAAGAGAAAGGAGAAAGAGCAGAAGAGCUUGAGAAUGAAUUACAUCACCUUGAAAAGGAAAAUGAAUUAUUACAGAAAAAGAUUACCAAUUUAAAAAUUACAUGUGAGAAGAUAGAAGCCUUAGAGCAAGAAAACUCAGAAUUGGAGGUAGAAAAUAGAAAGCUGAAAAAAACUUUGGAUAGCUUAAAAAAUCUGACAUAUCAGUUAGAGUCCUUGGAAAAAGAGAAUUCACAACUUGAUGAAGAAAAUUUAGAUCUAAGAAGAACAGUUGAAUCUUUGAAAUGUACAAGCAUGAAGAUGGCACAAUUACAGUUAGAAAAUAAAGAACUGGAAACAGAAAAGGAACAACUUAAGAAAGUCCUGGAGCUUAUGAAAGCCUCUUUCAAGAAAACAGAACGCUUAGAAGUCAGCUACCAGGGUUUAGAUACUGAAAACCAAAGGUUACAGAAAGCCUUAGAAAAUAGCAACAAAAAGAUUCAACAGUUGGAAAGUGAACUACAGGAUUUGGAAACUGAAAAUCAAACUCUGCAGAAGAAUCUGGAAGAAUUAAAAAUCUCCAGUAAACGCCUCGAGCAGUUGGAGAAGGAGAACAAGCUAUUGGAACAAGAGACAUCUCAACUGGAAAAGGAUAAGAAGCAAUUAGAAAAAGAAAAUAAGAGGCUUCGACAGCAGGCAGAAAUUAAAGACAGUACAUUAGAAGAAAACAAUGUAAAAAUUAGUCACCUGGAAAAGGAAAAUAAAUCUCUAUUCAAAGAGAUAGGUAUAUUUAAAGAUUCAUGUGUACGUUUAAAAGAGCUAGAAAAAGAAAAUAAAGAACUUGUGAAAAGAGCUACCAUUGAUAAGAAAACCCUUGUCACACUGCGAGAGGAUUUGGUGAGUGAAAAACUGAAGACGCAGCAAAUGAAUAAUGAUCUAGAAAAACUUACCCAUGAACUUGAAAAGAUAGGCUUAAAUAAAGAGCGCCUCUUGCAUGAUGAACAGAGCACUGAUGACAGUAGGUACAAGCUUUUGGAGUCAAAAUUAGAGUCUACCCUAAAAAAGUCUCUUGAAAUAAAAGAAGAAAAAAUUGCUGCUUUGGAAGCUCGUUUAGAAGAAUCAACAAAUUUAAAUCAACAGCUGCGUCAGGAACUUAAAACAGUGAAAAAAAACUAUGAAGCCCUCAAACAAAGACAGGAGGAGGAAAGAAUGGUACAGAAUUCUCCCCCAAGGACUGGUGAAGAAAAUCAGUCUGUCAAUAAAUGGGAAAAGGAAAAUCAAGAAACUACCAGAGAACUACUGAAGGUUAAAGAUAGAUUAAUUGAAGUAGAAAGGAAUAAUGCUACUCUGCAGGCAGAGAAACAAGCACUGAAAACUCAACUAAAGCAACUUGAGACACAGAACAAUAAUCUACAAGCUCAGAUUCUGGCACUUCAGAGACAGACUGUUUCUUUACAGGAGCAAAAUACUACCCUGCAAACUCAAAAUGCCAAGCUUCAGGUUGAAAAUUCUACCCUUAAUUCCCAAAGUACAUCUCUUAUGAAUCAGAAUGCACAAUUGUUGAUCCAGCAGUCUGCUUUAGAAAAUGAAAAUGAAUCCAUUCUCAAGGAACGGGAGGAUCUGAAAUCACUGUAUGAUUCACUUGUUAAAGAUCAUGAAAAACUGGAACAUCUUCAUGAACGUCAGGCUUCUGAAUAUGAAUCUCUAAUUGCCAAACAUGGAAGCCUCAAGUCUGCACACAAAAAUCUUGAGGUGGAGCAUAAGGACCUAGAAGAUAGGUACAAUCAGUUGCUGAAACAAAAAGUGCAAUUAGAAGAACUGGAAAAAGUGCUCAAGGCAGAACAAGAGAAAAUGUUGCAGCAAAAUGAAAAACAUGAAAAGGUAGCAGCAGAAUACAAAACACUUCGUGAUGAAAAUGAUAGACUCAAUCACACAUACAGUCAACUUCUGAGAGACAAUGAAAUUCUUCAAACUGACCAUAAGAAUUUGAAAAGCUUGUUGAACAAUUCCAAAUUAGAACAAACACGGCUAGAAGCUGAAUUUUCUAAACUGAAAGAACAGUACCAACAACUAGAUAUUACAUCUACAAAACUGAAUAAUCAGUGUGAGUUGCUUAGCCAGCUUAAAGGAAACCUGGAGGAAGAAAAUAGACACCUGCUGGAUCAAAUUCAGACACUAAUGCUACAGAAUAGGACGUUACUGGAGCAGAAUAUGGAAAGCAAGGAUCUUUUCCACGUUGAACAAAGACAGUACAUUGACAAGUUAAAUGAGUUGAGGCGGCAAAAGGAGAAAUUAGAAGAAAAGAUCAUGGAUCAAUAUAAAUUUUAUGAGCCAUCUCCACCAAGAAGGAGGGGAAACUGGAUUACUCUAAAAAUGCGGAAGUUGAUAAAAUCUAAAAAAGAUGUUAAUCGAGAGCGUCUGAAGUCUCUGACUCUUACACCAACCCGUUCAGAAUCCAGUGAAGGAUUUCUUCAGCUACCCCAUCAAGACAGUCAAGAUAGUUCGUCAGUGGGCUCAAACUCUCUUGAAGAUGGCCAGAUGCUGGGGACCAAAAAGAGCAGUAUGGUUGCACUGAAAAGACUGCCCUUUUUGAGGAACAGACCGAAGGAAAAAGACAAAAUGAAGGCCUUCUACCGUCGCUCCAUGUCCAUGAAUGACCUGGUGCAGUCCAUGGUCCUAGCAGGAGGACAAUGGACAGGUAGUUCUGAGCAUCUGGAGGGUCCUGAUGAUAUAUCUACGGGUAAAAGGAGAAAAGAAUUGGGAGCUAUGGCCUUCUCUACUACAGCUAUCAACUUUGCAACUGUCAACUCUUCUACAGGCUUCAGAUCCAAGCAGUUGCUAAAUAAUAAAGAUACUACGUCCUUUGAAGAUGUAAGUCCACAAGGUAUUAGUGAUGAUUCUAGUACAGGAUCAAGAGUUCAUGGAGUGCAGGACAUUAACUGUGCAGAUGCUCUUGCUCCUGUUCGUGGCAUUUCAACAAUGUGCAGGGUUCCUUGUCAGAUCUGUUCUUCCAGACCAGCCAGCCUUGAUAGUGGCAGAACAUCCACUAGCAAUAGCAAUAAUAACGCUUCGCUCCAUGAUGUCAAAGAACACUUAAUACUGUUUACCCCAAAAGCAGGUGCAGUUAACAACCAAAGCAGACCACAAAGCCACAGCAGUGGGGAAUUUAGUCUGCUUCAUGAACCUGAGGCUUGGUCUAGCAGCAGCAGCAGUCCCAUCCAGUAUUUGAAAAGUCACACCAGGUCUAGUCCUGUGCUCCAGCAAAGGAUGCCUGACACACUGGACAAUCAAGGAAAGCAUAUCAAAACUGGUUCUCCUGGGAGUGAGGUUGUUACUCUGCAGCAAUUUUUAGAAGAAAGCAACAAGAUUACCUCAACUGAGACGAAAUCUUCAAGCCAAGAGAAUCUUUUAGAUGAAGUAAUGAAAAGUUUAUCUGAGUCUGCUGAUUUAGCAGGAAAAGAAAAACUAAGGAAGCAGUCAUCUGCCAGCUGUGGCAUCAUCAGGUCAUUAAGUGUGAAAAACACCAUCGACUUCUCAGACAACAGGUCAGCAAAACCUGAACAGCUUGUAAGGCCAAGCCCUCGUAAAACUGAAGACACCUAUUUUACCAGCUCUUCAAUAAAAUCUUCAUCAAGCACUCAAGGGAAAGCUAAGUUAGUAAAAGAAAGAAUACAAACAAAUAUAUCACAACGACAAUCAAAAGAUUGCAGCCUUUAUGCUACUUUACCUCGUGCAAGCAGUGUGAUUUCUACAGCGGAAGGAACUACUCGAAGGACAAGCAUUCAUGAUUUUUUAUCUAAGGACAGUAGGCAGCCUAUUUCAAUUGAUCCAGCACCACCUACAGCUGAUAGAAGCACCCCAUCAGCAUCUAAUGUGGAAGCUAUACCAGAAAGCAGAAAUUCAAAAAGCAGGUCUAGGGAGCCACAAAGCUCCUAAUUCUAUUACCCACUACAUGAGGUGUGGGCCAAGUGAGAGAAAAGUGUCCUUCAGUAUCUCAAUAUGAAGCCUUUAUUUCUGAAGUAACAAGACAGCGACUAUAGGAAUCAUUAAUAAAAAAUAAUUAAGGGAACUUUUUACAAUACUUCGUGAAUAGAGCAGGCAAGAAAUACAAACCUUCCUUCCUUCCUUGAAUCAAGGAGCUCUACUGGAGUCUGCUGCCGAAACUUUUUAGACGGUCUUAGGAAUUAUUGCACAUUGCACUGUUGUUAAGAUCUACUGAAUAAAGGACAGUUUUCAUCUCCAUAAGGACCAAGCAUCUAAGGUCUCAAGAAUUACUCCAGGAAAAAAACUACUACUUUCAUCAUUUGUUUAUGAACUUCAUCACUGGUUGCUUACAGCUUCUGCUAAUAAUUAGCAAAAAAAUCUAGCUGUUUAUAUCUAGUUCUGUAAAUCUGAAAUAAAUGCUGUAGUAUUUUGUGGAAAUGUACUGUAUAUUCAGGUACAAAGAAUCCCACAAGCUUACUGGCACUUCACUGCCUUACUUGGUUAGCAUUAUCUGCAUGAAGUUGCUCUUUAAAAGAAAAAAAUCUAUGCUGAUUAUUAUUUUGGUGCAUACAGCAAAAGAAAAUUCUGUUUACAAACACAUUUGACCGGAUCCCAUAAUAAAAUGGGGGUUUUGGAAUAUUAACGCUACAUAGAAUUUCAUGUUUUCCACUUGUGUUUUCAACAUUCACAAGUCAUACAACACAUAUAUAUUCAGAUGUACUUGACAGGAAAUUAACAAAAGUAAAUUAACAAUAACUUUUUUGUAAGGUGGUUUUUCAACAAAUGGCAUUCCCAGGAUAAAACUGUCUGAUGCUAAAUGUUUGUGUUUUAACUACUUUAUUUUCUUAGUGUUUUUUUUUAAUUUGUGUUUAGACAUGAGCUGACUGUGGCUUAGAAAGUAUACUUAUCACAGUGUAAAUAAUGUCAUCCACAUUUUACAAUAUUUUUUUCUUAUGAUUGUUCCCUUCUUUUAGUAAGCUAUUGUUUUGUUCAUUAUAAUUUUACAUUAAAGUUGAUAAUUGUUAUUGGUACUGUUAAAGGAUUUGUAUGCAUUUGUUGUUUUAAAAACGUGCAGAAAGGAGAUUUAAUUAAUCCAAGGAAACAUACAUGAAAGUAUUGGGAGAUCCCAAUUUAUAUUAAAUAUCAUAAUUUUAUUUUCUUACAAAUCACUAAACAGAUUAAUAAGUUCUAUGAAAAACGUUAAAUUAACUGUUAAUCCUGAAAACAGUUUUGCACAUGAGCAACUUCCCCCCUCAGUUGAUUCCAUGGAUGUUAACAGGAUAAUGAACAUAAGUUUAUUUAAACAUAGGCAUAAAUGUUUGCAGGUCAGAGCCAUAAAUAGUUUUUACAUCAAACUGACAGCUUUUCCUAGCCUGUUUGAUAAGGCACCUACAACUACUUUAAGUCUGUUAGACUUUUUUAUGAUCUAUAAAAAACAAGGUUGCUUGAACAAGUUUUAACAAAAUCAUUUUCCAUUGGAGAAUGUAUUUUGUUGAAAAUUAAACACUUUGUCAACUCAUAAUAAUUUUGAUGAAAUUUUGUAAAUGAGGAAAACAAAGGUGGGGGGAUUCUGGUAAUUUUUGGAAUGCAACAUUUUGAUGUUUCCUUUUCAAAAAACUUUUGUUUUUAAAUGUUUUUUGCAUAAUAGUAUUAAAAUAGAAGUCUAAAUAAAAACAAACCAGUUGGUUCUUGUAAAAACAAAAAUGUUUUGAUCAACUUGAAGCAAUUCAUGUGUGUUUUCUUUCAAGAAAAUUGUGAAAAUUUUAGAUUUUGUUCAUAAUUGGAAUGAAAAAAUUUGAAAUCUUCCACAAAACAAUUUCCAUUCUCCAUUCAGCUCUAAUAAUCACAUUUGUGAUAUUUUCUCAGAUUGGUAAGAUUUUUUUGAUCACUGACUCUUACGUAGAAGGUACAUUCUGGUUCCCAUUAUUGUUAGUUGCAGACACACAUUAGUUUGCAUGGCAAAAGCUUUGGGAUUAUAGGCUAAAGCAAAGGUUUCCUUAUGUUAUUUGGUAGACAGCACAGUGCAAGUGUUAAUUAGGACACUGCCCAUUAUUAUAAAGGUCUGAUAAUAUAUGGCAUUUCUCUCAUGCUGUGUCUUAAUCAUACUUCUGCAUUCUUAAAGCUCUAAUCCUGUAAAUAGCCCUUUUUCACAAGGUUCAGUUGGGACUAAUGGCAUUCAGCACCUCAUGCCAUAGUAGAAAGGUUGGUAGUAUCGGUAAGUAUAGCCAUCUCGAUUUACCUGGCCUACAUUUUAAUGGCCAAAUCCAAGUUACAGGGUACAGGUACAGGGAUUACGCAGCUCUGUGUUCAUAGGUAUGCCUGCCUGCAUUCAUUGAAAAAAUUCCUGCCAGUGUAGGGUCAAGAAUGGCAUAUUGGCAUGACCAAAGCACUGCAUGUUGCCUGUUCUGUUGCUUUUCUUUGAAGUACAUUCUGCACAGCUGUCAUGACUAACAUGCACUUCUGUAGUAUGCCCUCACCAAAUUUCUGACUGGCCGUGUCCAUAUUCUCAGACUGGGACUUCUGAUGUCGCAUUUAUUUAGUUUUUCAGUACCCUUGUGAGUUUGGCUGAGAUUUAAAAUUCUCACCCUCCUAUACACACUAUCUGUUUGCCUCUCUUGCAUUCCUGUACUCAAGUGCAUCUGUAUGGUAAUAGGCAGGAUCUAUUCCAAAUAUCCAUAUAUCUUUAUGAAUAUAAAAAAGUGCAGAAUCCCUCCAUGUAGCUGCUCUCUUAACACUAUCUCCCUUACAGAGCAUAUCACAGGGUAGAGGAAUGUAAGCUGAUCAUCUCUGCUCCAAGGGUUAUGAUCUAUUCUAUACCAAAUAAAUAAAAGCCUUGCACUACUAUAAUGCCUCUCACAUUUACAGUCUACUAUUUUUAUAAAAUCUAUGAGAAAUGUCAUAUGAGAACCACUUCACACCUAUAAAAAAAAUGCAAACACAUCUGGGGGAUGCAACAAUUAUUUAACCAUGCAACACAACAGCAAUUUAAGAGAAAAAAGAAAACGUGUUGUUCCCAAUUUAAGAUUACAAUAGGUGUAAUACCAUGUUAUGUAUAAUUUCCAUUUAACUUUCUUUUGAGAAAGGUUCGUCUGAUGCUACAAUAACAUUUCCAGAAUGUAUUAUUUCUUUAACCCUUCCUCUAAGACACGAUACAAUUUCAGCAAAGGAGCUUAUGUAUGAUCUUUAGUGUAGACGAUACUGUAUGUGUAGAUAAUAACUUUGAUAAUAAAAUUGCCUUAAAAUAACGAA